AUGACCUUAGCUCCAAUAUCUCACUUUUUCAUUGUAACCUAAUUUGAUACUUAAAUGCUAGCUAAAACGUAAAUUAGUUUCUAUGACCGCAAGUCAUAGCUUUUUAGUAUUAGUUUUAUGCAUUCACUAGAAAAUUCUUUAUAAAAUAUACAUAACUAAUACUUGAAAACAAAAAAUUUCAAAGAAUUAAAACUAACACGAACAUGAUUCACACCUAGAUUUACUUACAUGAGUAAUUUUAGGUUUUGAUGGUGUCACUUGGAGAUAAUAGAAUACAAGAAAGCACUACAAACAAGAGUGGUACAAAAGAAACACGAUGCUACUUUUUUUUAUCGAAUCGACGCUACAUUUUUUGUUGCAAUUAAACUGGACUACACAAAGUGUAACAUGAUGGUACAAAGUAAAACCAUCUAACUGUGAGGGUAAAAAAAUAUAUACAUCUUCAGUGAUCGCGUAAGGGCCGAGAAGGUACUGUUUCUGAGCAAGCUCUUAUGAUAAAGGUGGCAUCUUUAGGACUGUAAUAGUUAUCUUUAGGACUCUUUACGUUUAUUAGAACGUUAUUGUUAUAGCUAAGCUUGAUUGAUGUAGGUUGUUCUGUAGGUAGUAGUUAUGCGUUAGUUACUCUUAUGCUUUUAUUGAAUAUGUACAGAUUCUUAUAGUAAACUUGAUUACACUGAUGUGAAUGUUGUUCUACUUCCAUGGUCUAAAACUCUGUGUGUGUGCCCAGGUCUCCUACUUAUUCAGGAAGCCAGAGGUUUCAGAUAUAGUAAUCUUCAAGGCUCCUCCAAUUUUAGUGGAACAUGGUUACAGCUUGAAUGAUGUUUUCAUAAAGAGGAUAGUUGCAAGUGAAGGUGACUGGGUUGAAGUUCGUGAUGGGAAGCUCUUUGUGAAUGAAAAUGUGCAAGAAGAAGAGUUUGUCUUGGAGCCAAUGUCAUAUGGAAUGGAACCAAUGUCUGUUCCCAAAGGUUAUGUCUUUGUACUCGGAGACAAUCGCAACAAGAGCUUUGAUUCUCGUAACUGGGGUCCUCUCCCAAUAGAGAACAUUGUUGGAAGAUCUGUUCCGGUAUUGGCCACCGAGCAAAGUAUCAGACACCAUAUACCAUCAUGACCAAGCUGUUGUGACAAAGGGACAGGUUACUGUUUCAUGAUAAAGAAUGAAACUUUUGUUUGUAUAUUUACAGUCUUGUAAACAUGUCUUGUUUAUUAUAAAAAAAAACUACAGUAUUAUAUUAAAAUCUAAUUAGAGGACCCAUUAUUUUGAGACA